GAUCAGCUGACCUGUCAAAAUAUUUCGCAGCGUGUGUGCGGGUAUGUUUGUGUAUCUCUGAGCUAAGUCAUGGCAGCCAAGAUGGAGCUUGCACCUCUCAGACCGUGGGAUGAUUUCUUCCCUGGAGCGGACAGGUUCGCUAAACCAGAGUUUGGAGAUUUAACAAAGUGGAACAACAGAGUGAUCAGUAAUUUACUCUACUACCAGACCAAUUACUUUGCCGUGGCCGUGGUGGUUUUCGUCAUUGUUGGGUUCCUGAAUCCAUUUGGCAUGUUUCUGGGCGGAGGUGUGGUUGCUCUGGUCUUCAUGGGCUCCGUGUGGGCAGGAGAAAAUAAAGCCACCAUCAAGAACUUCAAAAGGAAGAACCCCACCCUGUUUGUCAUCGGGGUCAUGGUCACCAGUUACUUUGUGCUGUCGAUGUGCGGUGGCGUCAUGGUCUUCAUCUUCGGAAUCACCUUCCCUUUGCUGUUAAUCCUAAUCCAUGCCUCUCUGAGACUCCGCAACAUGAAGAACAGAGUGGAGAACAAGAUUGAAGGUGUUGGGCUGAAGAAGACCCCCAUGGGCGUCAUCAUGGACCUCCUGGAUCAACAGGAGGAAAAAAUGAACAAAAUUCAGGAUUUCAUUGAGAGCAAGCUGAAAGAUUAAGGCUCUAGCCAGGAGUGUGACAAGAGGAGUCAGUGUCAUAAUGUAUGGAUUAAAAUGUCCGUAGCAUCAUCCCAUAUAUCAUGUUUUUACCCCCCCCCCCCCCCCCCCCCAUACAUGUAAGGUUACUGAUGUUUGCAUUCCCAUACUUUUUAUCCAUUUUGCUUUUUGCUUUUUUUUGUACAUUUGUAUUAAUACACUCCAUUUUAAGUGUGCAGAUGGUUACCAACAACAAGAUUAUAACAACAUUUGCACAAUCACCUUGUGGAUUGGAUGUUGAAAGGCGAUACACACCAAAGGUUAUCAAAGGUUUGAGCAUUCCUGUUUCCAAAAAUUUAAAAAACAAACUGAAUUUCCCUUGCUGACAGUGCACUUUUGUUGGACAUGAAAACCAAGUAUUUAUUUCAGCCAAAUAAAGCAGAAUGUCUGAACACAAUAUCUAAUAUAUGUAUUUGUUGUCAAAAAAAACAUUUCUGAUCCGUUCAGUUCGCUACCUCAAAACAAGCAUGUUUAAUUUUCCUCUCACAAAUGUAGAGCCACAUUACCAAAAUACAGACUCAACACCAAGUGAACUCUUGUCUGCUUAUUAAACAGCAAUAACUCCCUUUUUGUCACUUUAGGAGCUGUAUGAAUACCAAUUUGAGACCAUUUUGCUUCUAGUUCUAGUUCAUGGUUUGCGGGGCCUGAAUAAUUUCUGGAGUUGAAAUAUUGAUAUUCUUAAAAGGUAUGUGCAUACAGUUCCUGAGCAUACAGGCUGGCCUGAGUGUAUCCCGUCUGAUCACAGCUAUGCAAUACUGAAAAAUGAAUGGCAAGUGCAACUUUAUUCUGUCAUGGUAUGUACACGUUUGUUAUUUCUGAUGUGUCUUUAUUUUCAUAAUAUAGCAUGUAGAAAUGUAUAACAUGGCUGCAGGAGACAAAGUAUACCAUUUUGGAUUCAAUUUAGAUUUGACCUUUAAUAUUGUUACUCUUAGUAAAUACUCAACUAGAGACACCCCAUGCUAUUUUCCCACUCUCUGUUGUGAUCAAAUCCCUUUUCCUUGUUAAAGAAGGUAUAUCUGUUAUCUGUAAUGUUAAAUCUUCAUUUUCUGCAGUUGAGAUUAAGAGCAGUUGUUUCCUGUUGCUUUUCAAACAAGCACAUUGACUGCAGUUUGUGCAUGCUACCUUCACAAAUGGCAGUUGGGACAGAUUGUCUAUAUGGAUGCUAUAUUAUAUAUUAUCUCUGUUUUUAUGUGACUUUUUCAUUCUUGAAUAGUGAUGAUGAAAUCACAGACUGGAAGUAAAACAUGGCUGUGCUCUAUGAUAA